AUGUGUGGCUGUAUGCACAGUACCCAGGACCAAGCACUCCACUUGGAAGGAGAGCCCAAUCCUUCUGCAGCCGCAACAUGUACUUUAGCACCUAGGACGAUGCCCAGAAGCAUUUCAAUAUCCAAACAACUGGCUUCAAUAAAAGCUCUACCCAAGGGUUCAGAUCUGGAAAAAGCCAUCGCCACUGCCGCUAUGAUUUUCAGAAACUUUUCUGACCCUGAUGGUAAACUUGGGAAAGCUACUGCCAAAAAUCUACUGCAAACCCAAUUUAGGAAUUUCACAGAGGGACAAGAAACCAAACCAAGAUACAGAGACCUCCUCUCUGAACUCGACGACCAUACAGAAAAUAAGCUGGAUUUUGAGGAUUUCAUGAUCUUACUGUUAAGCAUCACGGUAAUGUCUUCUCUGCACUCGUUUCUCCCCUGCUCUGGGUCCAGGACAGCUGACCUGUGUGGAUGGCAUUAA